UUAAAUUCCUAGUGUUUCUGUCUGAGCAAAUACAGUACAAACAAAUCUGCUGCUUAUUUUCAAAGAAUAAUCGAAAAUGUUAGGCCCCCAGUGCUGUGAAAAUCCACCAACCCUCAAUCCAUCUUGUGGAGCAGGGAGUGUACAAGAAAUUGGAGGCCUAAAAACAUACGUAACUGGAUCCCAAGAUUCCAAGGUUGCCGUUCUUCUAAUUGCUGAUGCCUUUGGCUACGAAGCUCCAAAUUUGAGGAAGCUUGCAGACAAAGUUGCAGCUUCAGGGUUCUUAGUAGUGGUUCCCGACUUCUAUUAUGGUGAUCCGUAUGAUCCUGAUAGACCUGGAUUUGAUGGACAGUCAUGGUUGAGGGCUCAUCCCACGGAGAAAGGGUGUGAGGAUGCUAAGGCAGUAAUUUCAGCCUUGAAAAGCAAAGGCAUAUCUGCCGUAGGAGCUGCUGGUUUUUGCUGGGGAGGGAUGACUGUGGUAAAAUUGGCAAAAUUUGAUUGCAUUAAGGCUGCUGUUGUGUUGCAUCCUGGUCCAAUAACAGAGGAAGAAAUAAAUGAGGUGAAAUGUCCGAUUGCCUUAUUAGGAGCUGAGACCGACAGGUUUACUUCACCGGAGCACCUAAAACACUUGGGGGAAAUAUUAUCAAAGAAAACUGAGAUUGAUAGCUAUGUGAAGAUAUUUCCUGGUGUUGAACAUGGAUGGACAACACGAUACAAGGAUGAUGAUGAAUUUGCCGUUAAGAGCGCUCAGGAGUCUCACUCGGACUUGCUUAACUGGUUUACCAAACACAUUUGAGUAAAAAGAAACCGAAAGGAGCAAAUAUCGGGUUCCUUCCUCUCUUCAAAUGGCAGUAACGGAUAAAGAAUAUGAGUGAUUUUUAAAAAAGCUAAUAAAAUCGUGUAUUUUGUUAUGACUCUUUCAUGUUAUCAAAUUUGUAGCUACCUCUAAUUUUAAUUUCUAUGGUUGAAUUAAAUUGUUCUCCCUUUA